AUGCAUCCCCCCAAGAAUUUAUUCUCCGGUGCUGGAUUGGCCGGUGGUGGUUGUGGUAGCUGCAGUGGCGGUGAUGGCGGUGGAGAUGGUGAAUCAGCAGGAGUCAAUGGUGUUGUCGAGUCUGAUGUUGAUGAAGAUGUAGACCUGGAGGAGAGAUUCUACUUCAAGGACUGGAGAAUUUUGUGGGCCUGUCAUUGUGGUGAAGUUUUGAGAAGCAGAACUUGGAUUGACUUCGGAGUGAGUGAGAUGGCGGAGCUAUUUGUGGCGACAAUGGGUGAAGAGGUGAGCUCAAUUGUGCAUGAAGCAGUGGUUGUGGAGGAGUGA